AUGGCAGCAAGACGACAAGCGCCUGAAGAUCCCAUGGCUACCCCCCCUGCUGUGCAACCACCGAUUCAAGCGACCCCAACGUGGCCGGCUAAUCCAGCGAUUCCUGGAGUUCCUAUCAGCCAACCCCCUAAUACCAUCAAUACGUGGACUGCGCCACCUGAAGCAUCUCCUACCUCUCAAUAUGUCCCUGGAGCUGGAAUGACCAGCGUUGUGCCAAUACUCUCAUCUCCAACCGGGACGACGCAUCCGAAAGCUACUGAACAAUAUCCUCCUACCACAGCAACUUACAACCCACCUACAGAGAGUCUGCAACCUAGCCAUCCCCCUUUACAUAAAAAGCCCCAAACCACUGGCUUCAGCACUGGGAUACUGGCUGGUGCAAUUGGCGGUUCUAUUGUUGGAAGUACGCUUCUAACUCUCAUUGCUGCGUACCUCUUCUUUGGCCGCCGGAAGUCGAGAGGGGGGAACAACCUUGAAGGCAGGCAGACAAGAGAACCAUUGGUGGACAAGAACUAUGAUAUUGAAACAGCCUGCUCCCGAGAACAUUUCAGUAGCAAUGUUCCAUUUGCUGGGAAUACAGAUAAGACAAACACAGCCGGUUCUCUUGAUUUACAUGCGGAAAAAAGUGGUUUAGGAAGCUAUAUUCCUACUCCAGCGGAUGAUAAGACAGUGGAGAGCCGUAUCUUGACCGUCUUUGAUCAUCUUGCCCUUCAUGUCGAGAAUUACUACACUUCCAGCUCACCUUCGAAUUUUGAAUCUGAGCAUUUAUCUCAAUGUGUAGCUAUGCUUAGCAGCUACAAUUCUCCGUUUCUGCCAGCGCCAGUUGUCUCUCUACUGUCCCAAUCCAAUGAUCGCGAGCCAAUCAUAAAGCAUUGCCUGGUUCAGUCUCUCAUUCCAGCUACCUUUCAUGCUGCGCCAUCAUCUGCUUCUAGAUCCGAAGUAACUUCGUUUCUCCCACCUCCAUUCACUGCCGCCAGGGAUUUCCAUGAAAUGCAGGUACAAGACCAAGAAGAAAGCCAGGUUCACUUCUACUGGAGAAUGUUAACCGCGCGCAGUUACCGAGGUGUGCCAGAUACACAAAAGCAAGCAUACCUCUCCACGAGGGCUGAGAACAUUUCGAAAGCCGUCGAUGCUUUCACAGCUGCAUUCCGACCAUUCGCAAACCCUCAGCAUCUAGAGUCAGAGAGAAUACGCCAUCUAACCAAAGUAAUGGAGGAUGCAGCAGAGUUAGGAAUUUGGCUCUUUGAACAGCCGUGUGGAUUCCAGUUUAUUUGGAGCAACUUAGCUGCUGGACAGGUUGUUGUGUCUCCUGCGGUGGUGAAAGUCAGUGAUGGACAUGGGAAACUGCUACAAACAACAAAGACUAUAGUCAAGGCAGAUACUGCAUGUUAUAUCUAA